AUGGUACCUUCCUGCUCGCCGGAAACCCAAACCCUCAAAAAACCGCCGCCCAAAAACACCAAUCCCCUGAGAAACGCGCUCAACACCGUCAAGAUCCACAUUAGCUCGCACCCACGAUUCUGGCUCUUCAUCACCUUCCUAUGGGUCCAGGCCCUCAUUAUCUCCAUCGUCCGCACCCCGCCGCCCUGCUUCCCCGACCGCUCCGCACCCGUCGCCAUUUCCGCCGCAGUCGCCCCUGUCCGCUACCUCCCUCUACCCAACGACGCCGUGCCAACCAACGCCACCAAACCCCUGCCCCUGCCCCAAUCUCCCGCCCCUCCCUACACCGAUGAAUGCCCCUCCGGCAGGAUCUACGCCUACGACCUCCCCGCCGCCUUCAACCGGGAUCUGGUCCUCCCCGACUGCACGGACCUCGACCCCUGGAACUGGGAGUGCGGCAUCAUCUCCAACCAUGGCUACGGCCGCAACGCCGCCGAGCUCCGUCGCCUCCUUCCCGGAGACCUCCACAGGUCCUGGUACCACACUAACCAGUUCACCUCCGAGGUCAUCUUCCACCACCGUGUACUCCGGCACAGGUGCCGGACCACGUCGCCGGAGUCCGCCACCGCGUUCUACAUCCCGUUCUACGCCGGCCUCGCUGUGGGGAAGCACCUCUGGUCGAACGACACCUCCGGACGCGACCGCCACUGCAAGAUGAUGCUCCGGUGGGUCCGGAACCAGACCCACUGGAGGAGAUCCAACGGCUCUGACCACUUCAUGACGAUCGGCCGGAUCACUUGGGACUUCCGGCGUCUGACAGACCCAGGCAGGUCGUGGGGCUCCAGCUUCCUCAACAUGCCCUUGAUGCAGAAGGUCACUCGCCUCAUCGUGGAGAAAUACCCCGGAGACGAGAUGGACGUUACUGUGCCCUACCCUACUGGAUUCCACCCCAAGACAAAGGACGAUCUCGCCGAGUGGCAGGAUUUCAUCCGUGCCCGCGAAAGGCCCAGCCUCUUCACUUUAAUCAAGGAAACAAAUGGCGAAUGGGCGGCAAACGACUUUCGUGCCCAGCUGAUGGGCUACUGUAAGAAGGAGCCGAGUUUAUGCUGGGCCGUCGAUUGCGCCUUGACUGAGUGCCCGACUAACUCAUCCGUGAUUCUGAGUGCGCUUUUAGGAUCUGAGUUUUGUCUGCAGCCGAAAAGGGAAAGUUUCACGAGUCAGGCAAUUUUCGAUUGCAUGGUGGCCGGCUCGAUUCCUGUAUUUUUUACAAAGACAUCUUAUGAGCAAUAUGAGUGGUACUUGCCUGGUGAUCCGGAUAGCUUCUCGGUUUUCAUUGACCAAGAGGGGGUGAGGAACGGGACGGUGUCUGUAAAGCAAGUGUUGUCGGGCUAUAACAAAGAGGAGAUACGAAAGAAGAGGGAGAAAGUGGUAGAGACUAUACCAAGGAUAAUUUACGCCAAACCGAAUGGGGGUAUCAAGAGUUUUAAGGAUGCGUUUGAUAUUGCCCUUGACGGGGUUAUGGAGAGGAUUAAGGAGGAAAAAGAAUGGGCCGAUUUCUUGAGAUGA